CCUGGUAGAGCAACUGAGCAGGAAUCGCGUUGUUCUCGGGGCCUAUACUUCCGUCAUUUUAUAUCUCACUGGAUAAACACCGUGGACCCGCUUGUGCAUUUGUGGCGGUGUGGCGCGGGCCGAAGUGAUACUACUCGUGAUUCUGCAGGAUAAAUCAAUCAGUGCUCUGCUGGAGCCUGGGAAACUUGUUUUGUACGGACUGCAGUCUGGAUCUCACCCUGAAACAAGCAGACGUCAGAGACCUCGCCUGGUCGCCGCUGCUUAAUUUUAUCUAAUCACAGCAUUGUUUGUGGGAUUACGCUGCUGCUACAUGCACUAUGUAGCGAAGUGAAUGGCAUGCUGCUGGUAGCUGUUAGACGUUUAUCGGCUUUUUAGUUUUAAACACCGUGCCUUGGCGGAAAGGAGAGGAUUUCGUUUUAUUUAAGGUAGCAUGACAGGAUCCGGAGCCAUCGAGCUAGCUAGCUAACAUUAGCACAAUGAUUAGCUAGUUAGUUAGCGUCAUGUUACUGCAAUGAAUGGACUGUUGCUUUUAAUGUCUGGCAAUUUAUCUCAUGAUAUAUACACACGAUAUAUAUACAUUAGACAUGAUGUCGGUGUUUGGCGGUGCUAAACCAGCCAAAUAUUCAUAGGGGUUGUGACAAAACAGUGCCUUGCUAACAGUGUGAAGCUAGCUUGCUAACCACUAGCUUUAUCGUAGACACUAUUAUUAGACAGUACAUAAAGUCUGGAAAUCAUACUGUUGAAGCUUUGGUCAAUGACUCUACAGACAUGUCAAGUGAUGAUGAAUGAGCAGGAGAGUGGGGUGGUGUCCUUUGAUGAAUAUGUGCGGCAGAAGGCCCGCACUGUGCCUCAGCACAGGAUGAAGGAGUUUCUGGAGUGUCUUGCCAAGGGCCCAGAGGUGCUGCAGGAGUUCAGUCAACAGGAAGGGGCAGUCACAACCACAGCCAUGGUGUACCAGCAGCAGGGUACCAACUGUGUCUACACAGACAGCACAGAGGUGGCUGGAUCGCUCUUAGAGCUGGCUUGCCCUGUACAGGUGACCUCGGCAGAGAUUUCACCUCAACUGUCUGUGCACCAAGGGUCUGAACAGCAGCUUCAAGUGCAGGUUCAGAUCCAGGAACAGCAAGGCCAAACAGUUGGCCAGGUUCUCCAUGUGGCCUCUCCCUCUCAGCAAGACCUGCAGGGAAUCUCCACAGCCCAGCUUGUGCAGCAGGGAGAGCUCACAGAGGAGCAGCAACAGCAGAUUCAGGCACAGUUGGUUGCAGCUGUAGCUGGAGGACAACAAAUCCAGUUACAGGGAACACAGCAUAUUCAGCUGCCAGGUGGCCAGCAAAUUCAGCUUCAGGCUGGCCAACAGAUUCAAUUACAAGGUGGCCAACAGAUUCAGCUACAGGGUGGCCAGCAAAUUCAACUACAGGGUGGACAACAAAUUCAGCUACAAGGUGGCCAGCAGAUCCAGAUCCAGACCAUAGAGGCCAUGUCUCCUUCCCAGCAACAGGACUCUCCAAGGGAGGCAGAAAGGAGGUCCGGCUCUGUGUCAACUGUUCUCCAACCUGCCAAAAAGCGUAAGGUGGAUGUCCCUCUAGCUGUUUCCUAUGCUGUUCCACAGGGUCAGCAGGUGGCUACAGUUCUGGCCAUCCCUCAAGGGCAGCAGCAAAGCUACGUGUCCCUACGACCUGAUUUGCUCACUGUUGACAGCGCUCAACUGUACAGCACUACAGGAACAAUCACAGGUCCCACAGGCGAGACCUGGACUAUCCCUGUGUACUCCGCUCCUCAACAGCAAGGUGUAACCCACAUUGCCAUACCACAGGAGACAUACAGCACAGUGCAAGUUACCACCACCAACGGUAAGGACAAAAUGUCCCCCAGUUCCUCAUCAAGGUCUGCAGACGGGCAGUUGGCUUCCACUGGGACACAGGAAGAAAUAGUACAGACCCUAUUCCCAGCGCAGUUCAUGAACGGGAACAUUCACAUCCCUGUGGCAGUGCAGACUGUAGGAGGGACUUACAACACUACACAGUCGGUACACAUAUGGGACCCAAAUCAACAGCAGAGCCAAGGAGAAGACGGACAAGAACAGCGGCUCCAUCUGCAGGGCCAAGUACAGACGGAGGCUCAAGCUGAACCGUCCACUGAGAUUCUGGUUCCUGUCUGUCUAAAACCAGAGGAGGGCCUGGAGGUCUGGCGCCUUUGGGUGAAGCGAAAAAACGCAGAGCUAAGCAAGCAGGAGAAGACGAAGCUUGCUCCCAUAGGACGUCGUCAGCCCCUGCGUUUUCAAGAAGACUUGGUGUCCAGUGCAGUAGCUGAGCUAAACUUGGGUCUUUCCCUGAUGACGCAGGAAGCACGAGGCUCAGAAGACGAACAAUUUGCACCAGAUGUUCUGUUUUACGUCUUCUUGUGUAUACAGAAGUAUCUCUCUGAAAAUGGACGUGUGGAUGAUAUUUUCUCUGAUCCAUAUUACACACGUUUCUGUGGGUCUCUACACAACAUCCUGGAUGGUUGGAAACCCAGUGUCCAUCCAUUAGGCUACAUCAUUCCAAGUUAUGUGACAGAGGAGAUGCUGUGGGAGUGUAAGCAGCUUGGUGCACAUUCACCAGCCACACUGCUCACUACUCUAAUGUACUUCAAUACUAAGUAUUUCCGCCUGAUAACACCCGAGCAGCACUUGAAAGUAGCUUUCUCUAAGGUCCUAAGACACACGAGGAAGAACCCCACUAAUGCCAAGGACAAAGCAACCAGUAUCCGCCUUCUCAAAGGACAAGGUCCACACAGUGCCGGACAGAAAGGAACUGAUGACAUGUAUGAAGAACAGGUCGAGGAUCCAGACAAUCCUCUUCGUUGCCCCAUUAAACUUUACGACUUUUACCUCUUCAAAUGUCCUCAAAGUGUCAAAGGACGUAACGAUGCUUACUACAUGACUCCAGAGCCUGUCGUGGCACCCAACAGCCCAAUGUGGUACUCAUCGCAACCCCUCACGAGUCAGCAAGUGGAGCACAUGCUGGCUCGCAUCAUCGUGGUCCGAGAGAUCCAGGAGAUCAUUGGCGCUGGUCCAGAGAACAUGAGCUAAACUGAGAGGGCUGACUGGACUGAUGGGAGCUAGUUCUCCAGUCACCGAUUGUUGACUAUGCAGUACCUAUCCCACUCUAUAUCGCUGACGAUCUCAAAUAAAAUGGAUCAACUUCUGAAACAAUCUUUUUUUUUUUUUUUUUGAGGAGUGUAUCAUGAUUGCACUCACAAGAAUUUCUUUCUUUCUUCUUACCUUUUCUGUUUUCAGCUGAUUGAGUGGACUGUUCUUUCUCUUGACUAUCUAUGUAAGCCAUCGCCCCUGUAACCUUUUAACUGGCAGUUAAGUGAGGCUUUAGUCUCACCACUGCUGGAUCACUGUCGGUCUCUUGGGCUGCUGCUCUCUCAGUUGAGCAGAGAUGGUACAUUUUCCUGUAAAAGUCAGUCUUCUCUAUAUAUGAAGAUAUUUAACCCUUCACUUGUUAACCUCACAGACCGCUAACCAUGUAUUGUUUCUCCUCAAGGUCCCACUAUGAUACGUUACAUCUUAAUGGACAAUUACAGGGACCACUGCUCAUGAUGUUUUUUUUUUUGUAUACUGACUCAAUUUUGGAUCAUGUAUUGAUAAUGUUCAAAACUGAAGAACUUGUGCCUGUUUUUUCAAAAAUGACAUCAUAAUUUAUGCUUGUGGAUCAUUGAGUGAGUUAAACCUCAAGAUAUUCACAAGGCCAAGUGCUAUAAAGUAGUCAUGCAGGAGGUUGGAAACAUUUUUCUCAGGUCAAAGCUAUCAAUUGAAACACCCGUCAAGGAUUUUUGCCAACUUAUUCCUGUAUGUAUGUAUAGUAGGUUAUUAAACAGGAUAUGCAGACGGAGACGUCUUUGUUUAGCUAAUGCAGUACUAAUCCUUGAAUCAAGAGUCAUGUCAAGCAGUUCAACAAUGAAAAGUAUUUAGCGUACUGUGUUGUCUAUGGAAAUGCAACUUUGCUGACAUUUGAAAUAAGGAUUAGUUGUGGGGCUUUUUGAAAACCGCUU